ACUUGGACCUGGUCAAUGCACUCAUUUCUGAAUCGAGAUGCUAAGGGGGUUUUGCAUGGCACACAUGUUAGAGUACGUCGGCUGAAAUUGAAACUGGAGCUCACUUGUCACUCAUUUCCAGAAGUGUAAAAAUACACAGCUGUUUUCAUGUCUUUUGACAUAUUGCGUUGGGGGCCACGAAUUCAUGCCUUGACUUGACGUCACACACCCAGAACGAGAAAGAGGAUCCAUACGGUACAACCUCGAACGUACUGUUCCUUCUCCUCCUCCAUGUUCCUUUGGAGGGCUCGGCCUUGCUGCAUAGUCAGCAAUUCUCUGUUCGUUGUUCGCUCGUUCCUCUUUUCUCUUUCCAUCCAUUUGUAAGGGGAGCUAAGACUGCCGGGGAAAAGGAACCAGCUACCAGGAAUGGUGCUUGCAGCUGGGGCACGAUACCAGCGCGGGCGCCCUCUUGAGGUCCCGCCAUAUUUUUGAAAGGAACCAUGGACUUUCUUUCGGCCGAUGGUUUGGUUAUACCUUGAAUGCUUUGGAUGGCAAUAUUGGUGUUUUGAGGUACUAAUAGGGACUAGUAAAUGGUGAAGGACAGAGAUAGUGGAGACAGUGCAACAAGCUUUUGAUCUGAAGGCAUUAUGAGUACAUCACAAGCACUGGCCAAUAUGGCCGCAACAGCGAAUGCUGAUCGAUGGUUAUCGGCUCUUGAAGACCCUUUAGCUUCUAUCUAUUCCUUCUCAAGCUGCAUCACAUUGUCUGAUUUGACGGGCGAUGGUGAUUUCAAAUUGGUUGUGGCCGAUCUGGGUUCGGGUUCCUACAAUAUGAAGCUUCGAGUCUAUAAAGGGACCCAAUUGAUUUCAGAGAACACCAUCAUCGACUUGCCCACUGGAGUGGUGGCCUUUCAUAUGGACCAAAAUGAGCCGAAAAUCCCGGCUGUGGCCGUGGCGUCUGGGUCUCAUAUCUACAUAUACAAGAACAUGAGACCCUACUUUAAAUUCACACUUCCUACGUUGGAAAUCCACCAUGGCGAGAAGGAUCUUUGGACGCGAGCAGGGGACAUGGAACUGGGGGUCCUAUGUGAUGGGCUUCAGAACUUGAGGCGAGACAUUGGUGACGCUCGAUUGACUCCUCGUACUCAAAAACUUUUAAUGCUCAACGACAGGCAAGAGGCCCAGGCCUUUGUCGACCUACAUAAAGGUUUCCCAUUGAAACGGCACACGGUUGUCACUUGCAUUGCCACACUCAAAAAGUCGCAUAGCGAUGAAUCGGCUGUGAGCUGUCUGGUUUUGGGUACCGAGGCCAGCGGGAUUUAUAUCCUGGAUCCUGAGGCCUUCACCAUAAUGGAGACCAUGUCUUUGCCAGCCCCGGCGGCUCACCUCUCGGUGACCGGCCUUUACGACGUGGAUUUUCGAAUUGUGGCAGCCUGUCGAAACGGGACUUUGUGUAACUUGAAACGCGGCUGGGCCACGGCCAAGACCAUCGCCUUGCUCGAGAGUCAGGCGGUCGGGCUUAUUCGUCGAGAGAAGACCAUUACCGUGGCGACCAUGGAUGAGACGCUGAUUUGCUUCUCGAACAAGGGGAAAAAGUUGUGGCAGCUCCAAUUGCCAUCGCCCGCCAUGUGCAUCGAACCCAUUGAUAUCUUGGCCCGUGGAGUCCAAUUCACGGCGGUCGGGUUGAAAAGCAACCAAGUCUUGGUUUUCAACGACAAACACGUGGUUGAUUGUUUCACCAUGAAUGACUCCGUGUCUGCCAUGAAGUUUGGAAAAUUUGGUCGAGAGGACAACUCCUUGGUUUUGAUCACAUCAGGCGGAGGCCUUUCCGUAAAGAUCCUCAAACGAACCGCUCAGUUCGAAAAGAGCGAAUCCACUUCAGGCCCAGGCACGGUCAUCAAUAACAAUGCCAAUAACGCCAAGUUGAAUAUCCCGAAGAAAACGAAGCUUUUUGUGGAUCAAACGGCUCGCGAACGAGAGAACUCACUCUUGAUGCACAGGGUGUUCCAACACGAUCUCUACUUGAUGAGAUUAAACACGGCUCGAGCCUUUGUGAGCACUUUGGAAUCCAGUUCGAACCCCGUCACUUUGGACCAAGGGGAACCUUUGAAACUCUCCGCUCAGAUUCUUGGUUUAGGCCCAGUGUUCAGGUUAUUGAUCGGCCUUUGCAACUCGUCUUCGGGGAAACCAUCGAGGAACUUGUUGAUCACGUUCUUUUGUGAUGAUAAACUUUACAGCAUUGGGAAAAACAUCAUCCAAGUGCCGAUGCUAGUUCCUGGUCUGGAAUAUGUGUUUGAAACUCUCAUCGAAUGCGUGUCUGACCUGGGAAUAUCCGAUCAAGUCCGGGUUUUCAUCACCAAACCACCCUUGGAGAAGCCCAUUCUCUCAGCCAUCAUCAAUAUGCCCGUGGCUGAGCUCAUCUAAAAGCCUCCAUUUAGAAGGGAAAUCUCGUGGCAAAUUAUGCUUUGUUGUUUACUGUAUUCUAUAGACGAUUUCUUGUUUCGCCUUUUUCCUCGUUUUUUUUUAAUUGUUAAUGUGGUGAAAACAUUAAAAACUUGUCGUGUAAAAGGAAUCCAAAAAUGCAUUCACUUGUGCCCAUCGU